GCAUGCUGGGCGUUGCUGUGACGGCUCUCGCUGGGGAAUGGAGGUAGCUUCCCCAUUCCUCAAGCGAUAGUUAAAGCGGUGUUUUCUUGUUCUUAAAAAAGAUUGCGUCAUACUUUGUAGUGGUACCUGUGGAGAGCUUGUUCGAGGAUGGCACUGUUGCAGUGGAGAAAGUUCAACUUCUUUGAAGUAACAAAAGAAGUUGACAAUGGGGCAGUUGCAGAGGCAUUACAGUCCGGUCAGGUGACCUGUACUGCCAGCGGUCGGGGGUACCUGGUGCUGGGUGACAGCCGUGGCCUGGCACACUUCAUCAACCGCCAGCUGGAGGUGGUCUCACACCGCGUGUUUGAUGCGGCUGUGUCGCAGCUCGUACAGCUGCGCUUCUGUCCCGUUCUGGCCGCCGCUGGAGAGGAUGAACUGGGAGUGUCAUCGAUCAAAAUACUGGGCCUGGAACAGUUGGAUGGUGGCGGCGCCCCUCGGCUGUUGCGACAACUAAAACUGCCUCCUGCGGCUGACGGCGGGACCUCAGUCACUUGCCUCAAUGUUCAUGAAAAUCUCCUGUUCAUGUCCGCCGGUUUCACGGACGGUCGUGUCAUCCUGUGGCGCGGUGACGUGACGCGCGAGCGGUCCGGUAAGCACCAGGUGCUGCACGCGGGCGCGGCGCCCGUCACCGGACUGGGCUUCCGCACCUCCGGCAAGACCAGCCACCUAUUUGUGGCCAGCACGCAGGAGGUCUGCUGCUACAACAUCACUUUCAAGGACAAGGAAAACCAGAUCCAGCUGGACCAGGCGGGCUGCUCCCCGCGCUGCGCCGUCAUGUCCGAGGGACUGGCGGAGCCGCAGUUCACCAUCGGCAGGCCGGACGCUAUCUACUGCUACAGCGCGAACGAGCGCGGCGCCUGUUUCGUGUUCGAGGGCGAUAAGCGGCUGCUGCACUGGUUUAAAGGCUACCUGGCCGUGCUGACAGUGGAGCCGGCCCGCGGCGGCGGCUCCGAACCGGCCGCGCCCGACAAGCACGUGCUGACCAUCUACGACGUGAGCAAUAAGUACGUGGCGCUGAGCGUGGCACUGCGUGACGUGACGCACGUGGUGAGCGACUGGGGCCAGCUGUACGUGGUAACGGCCGACCGGCGCCUGCUUCGCCUCACCGAGCGGGACACGCAGGCCAAGCUCAAGGUGCUCUUCAAAAAGAACCUCUACGACAUGGCCAUACGCCUGGCGCAGUCCCAGCAGUACGACGCCGACGGUCUGGUGGACAUCUUCCGGGAGUACGGCGACCACCUGCACGCCAAGGGCGACUUCAACGGCGCCAUCCAGCAGUACAUCAAGACCAUCGGCAAGCUGGAGCCCUCCUACGUCAUCAGAAAGUACCUGGACACCCAGCGCAUCAACGACCUGGCGCUGUACCUGCAGGCACUGCACGCAGCUGGACGGGCCACCGAGGACCACACCACCCUGCUGAUCAACUGUUACACCAAACUGCGCGACACCAUACAGCUGGACAUGUUCAUACAGGGCGAGGACGGCGCGGUGGGGUACGACGUUGACACAGCAGUGCGCGUGUGCCGGAGCUCCGGCUACUACGAGCAGGCGCUGACGAUGGCCCGGCGCCACCAGCAGACGGACCGGGUCAUCGCCAUCCUCACCGAGGAUCUGGCCGACCCGGGCCGCGCGCUGCAGUACGUCGCACAGCUGCCGCAUCAGCAGUGCGAGGCGGCCAUCCUGCGACACGGCGCCGCUCUGCUGAAGGAGCGGCCGCAAGAGACGGUCGAGCUGCUGAAGAAGCUCUGCUGUGCCGAGCCGCAGUCGGAGGCGGAGGCGGAGCUGGCGGUGCCCAUUGAACGGUACCUGGACCUGUUCGUGGCGCAGCCAGACGCCCAGGCCGGCUUCCUCCAGCACCUGAUGGAGGUGCGGCCGGACGCGCUGGACUCGGACGCGCUAUUGGCGCUGCUGGAGCUGUACCUGGCCGACGGCAGCGCCGCGGGCGACGGUGCGGUGCAGCGGACUGAGAGCGCUCUCCGCCUGCUGGACAGCCCGCGACUGGACCUGCCGCUGGCGCUGCACCUCUGCCACUCGCGCGGCUUCCAGCAGGGCACGGCCAAGCUGUACGAGCGUGCCGGCAUGCACUCACAGAUCCUGCAAACACAGCUAGAGGCGGGAGACUACGAGCCGGCGCUGGAGACGUGUCGCCGGUACGGCCAGACACUGCCGCACCUUUGGCUGGAGGCGCUGCGGGCGCUCACCAAGCAGCUGGAGGCGCCGGCCGGCGUCAUCGUCACCGUGCUCGACACGAUCGAGAAGGGCAAGCUUGCGCCGAGUAUGGAGGUGCUGGAGAUGCUGGUGGAGUCUCCGACGCUGGAGCUGGGCACCAUCCGCGACUACAUGAGCCGCACGCUGUCCGCUGACCAGGCCGACAUCGACGCCGACGCGCAGACGGCCGACAAGUACGCGGCCGAGGCCAGCCGCAUCAGAGAGCAGAUACACCGCGAGGAGAACAGCGCCAUGGUGUUCCAGCGGACCAGCUGCGCCGCCUGCAACCAGCAGCUGGAGCUGCCGUCGGUGCACUUCUUCUGCCCGCACUCGUACCACCAGCACUGCUUCCAGAGCUACGCCGACCGCGACGACGACUGUCCGCUCUGCCUGCCCGAGCACAGCCAGCUGCUGAGCGAUCUCCGCAGUCAGUCGGGCGCCGAGGAGACGGAGGCGCAGUUCUUCCAGCAGCUGGAGACGGCCGACGACAUGUUCAGCGUUGUGGCCGACUAUUUCGGCAAGGGCACCUUCUCACGGCCGAGGCCGGAGGAGGCGGCGGCCGAGUCCGGCGCGCCAGAGCUGACGCCCGCCCCGAACGGCAUGAGCGCCUACCUGGCGGCGGGCGCGGCCCGCACCGGACCCGGCCUGCCAGCUGCGGACUCGGAGGCACGGGUCCGGGCGGCGGAGCAGCGCUCGCAGCCUACGCAAUCGGUGGCUGAAGGCCGUCUGAGGGCGGCCCAAGCCAGUCAGGUGGCGCCCACUGUGGCCGAGGGACGACUCCGAGCGGCCCAAGUCAGCCAGGUGGCGCCCAGCGUCGCGGAGGGACGCCUCCGGGCGGCCCAAGCCAGCCAGGUGGUCCCCAGUGUCGCGGAGGGCCGGUUAAGGGCGGCAGAGGUCCGCCAGCCGCCGCUGAGCCGACCGACAAGCGAGGGACGGCAGAGGCUGCAGGAGGCGGCGCGGACGGCGGACGCCAAAACCAGAGCUUCCGACCGGCGUCCAGAGAUGGCGCAGACGGUCAGCCGGGCGGCUGCGCCCAACCCUUUUGAAGAGGGUCCGAAUCCAUUUGACGAGGACGCGACGAAUCCAUUCCUGGACGAUGAAGCUGACGCCAGCAAUCCGUUCGCCGGGGAUGCGGACGAAUACGACAAGAGCCUGAAUCCGUUCGAAGAAUAACUUCAGUGUGUAUGGUAACGAUUGGUUAUGCUGAACAUGCCGCGGUAUCUGCAUCGUUGUGCUUAGCUACCAUGCGGUUAUCACGUGGCUGUUGUGCUGGCACUGCGUUGCACUACUUUCCGGUAUUUUACUAGGAACCGAAUCAAUACCGUCGGCUAAUGGCUUCAGUCAGCCACCUUCCUUUUGGCUGAGAGGGUGCAGGAUGGGGAGGGGGUCGGAGCGUGCACGCGAAAGCCUGUCUUCGUUGUUGUCCUGGAAUACCGCACCGGUCACGAGGGCAGCGGCGCGUGUCUGGGACGGGGUCGCUCCGGGUCCGGCCACUCAUCACCCGUCGGGAGGCGCUGCCAGGGAGCGGAGGUCGUGUCGAGCGGGACGGUCGCCCUCAGCGGGCCCAGCGACGCGGCCGUGCCGGCUGAUGGUCGUUAGUCUGGGGCGCAUCGCUCUCCGUCAGUCCUUGGCGUUCAGAACGUGGAGAGAGCGAUUUUGUUAUUCUAUGUAUCAUGCCGAGUAACGUGUUUGCUUUCUGUGUAUUCACUCGUCAUAUGUUGGGAAAUAUGCUUGUUUGUAAUGCGAAAUACCACAAAUAUACGAAUCG